CACUCGCAGUUCGGAUCUUCAGAGAGGGACACGGCGGAGCGAACUCCUCGAGAUAUACUCCAAACUCGCAGACCUCCUCUGGGAUGACAGCAUUCACCUCCAGUUCGGCUUGGCUUUGAGAGAAUGACAUUUGUCACGGUUUGCGGGAUAUUCUGAAGUUUGCACCCGAAAAAAAGGCUUUCAGAGCGGCGCCGGUUGACUCGGAGGACCCGGCGUGCUUGGCAGGCUGCUGGCGAGCAUCCCCGCCUCUGCCCCGGCAGCAGCUCAGGCUCUCCAGCUUCGAGACUGGAUUCUUUCUGGAUUCGCCUCGUCUCACAAGGAAUGGACCUCCCUAUCGUUCAGUUCAUCACAGGACUGGCAUUACUUAUCAAAGUGCAAGAAGGUGGAUAAGCCAAAGCUGGGAAGGACCUAAAAAAGCUUCUUUGUGUUCUUAUUUUAUGGAAUUCUCCUACCUACCUCGCAAAAUUCUCAUUUCCUUGAUCAGAAACACCUCUGGAGUUGACUUUGAGAAUGAACGGUGAUGUCCUCUAGCCAUUCGUAACAUCCUAGCGAAGCUGCCUCGGUUUCAAGUCCAAUUUCAAUGUGCUGCAGCUGAUUGAGACCUCGUGUCUUCUGCAAACAGAGACUGGCAGCAAGCUGACAGUCAGAUAUGACUGUCCAGAAACUGGUAGCCACAGCUGUGUUGGUAGCCCUGGUCUCACUUAUUCUUAACAACGCAGCUGCCUUUACUCCCAACUGGGUAUACCAGACGCUGGAGGACGGGCGUAAGCGCAGCGUGGGGCUCUGGAAGAUGUGCUGGCUGGCAGAAAAGAGCAGAGGAGGUGCAAGCACAAGUGCCAGGCAUGGGCAAGGGGAGGAGCGCGAGUGUGAAGCCCUGGGCUGGGGUUCAGAGUCAGCUGGGUUCCAGGAGUCGCGCAGUACUGUCAAACUGCAGUUUGACAUGAUGCGUGCUUGUAACCUCAUCGCCACUGUUGCUCUGACUGCUGGCCAGCUCAUCUUCGUCCUGGGCCUGAUGGAGCUACCUAUCAUUUCUCAGGAUACCCAGUGGUGGGAGGAGGCCAUAGCUGCCGUGUUCCAACUUGCCAGUUUUGUUCUGGUUAUUGGAUUGGUGACUUUCUACCGCAUCGGACCGUACACCAACCUCUCUUGGUCUUGCUAUCUGAACAUUGGAGCCUGUCUUUUGGCCACGCUGGCAGCUGCCAUUCUCAUAUGGAACAUCCUUCACAGGCGUGAGGACUGCAUGGCGCCCCGGGUCAUUGUCAUUAGCCGUACCCUGACUGCUCGGUUUCGCCGUGGCCUGGAAAACGACUACGUUGAGUCACCGUGCUGAAAGAGUGGACUUGAAAGGGGAAAGAUCUCCAAGGAGAUCUGCAUUGGAGUUGUUUUCUAUAAAUAUAUGCUAUAAUUUAAAACUAAGGGUUGAAAGACAUCACAAAGCUCACUCUUGUGGGCAGAGGCCCUCAAUUAUUAUUUGGAUGGGCUCCAUCUAUAUACAUAUGUAUAAAACACAUAAUUUUAUAUAUAUUAUAUUAUAUUGCCCUCUCCCUCUGCUGUACAGCACAGAAUGUUGGAUUGUCAGAAUCCUGACAGAGCAUCACAGCUAUAUGUCAGCAGGGUCAGCUGUAGCAGACACAGAGUGUAUGCAAUGAGAAUAUAGAAAAGAGGCCACAAAACACAUUUUCUCUGUCUGCAUAAAGUUAUCCUGCUCCCUAAUAAUAAUGUCAAAAGCUAUAGGAGACCAGCGACAAUAGCUUUGGAGUUACCAGGCAAUCUGAGAAAGCAGAAAACUCACUAUAGAGUAAGCGAUGAUUUUAACAGCUGUUCAGAUUUCAUGACUCUUUAGUCCUUCCAUCCACCUCUCUCCAAGGAACUUCUCAUUAGCUGCAACGUCUGCUCCCCAGCCACAGCAUAGCCCAGACAGUAAAAAGCAAAAGCAACUCUAACUAUUCUAAUUGUAAAGUAAGGGAAUGCAGAAGAAUUAAGUUGCAUUUUUUCAGACACUUCUUGUGUAUCCUGAGACAAAGGUUUGGGUUUAUCCUAUAUGCAAACAGACAUGCCACUAAAAAUGAAAAGGGUACGCAGCUAGAACAGGCGAUACAUGCUGCUGAAAAAUCUACUUCAGUGUUACAGUGAAGGCAAAUAUCUACAGAAGAAGGUUACCUGGACUCCCUAAUAAUCACAGAUACUAUUGACUUACAUUAUUGGAAACGAUUCAUAAGAACAGAUACUUCAGCCCAAAUUAAUUUCUUUUCUUCCCAGCUUGCUUUAACAUUUGCUGUGACAUUUUCAGAUUAGAGUGCUAUGUCAGGGCACCCAGCUCUGCCCAGCAAUACUCAGAGGCACAUAACACAGUGAAUAUUGGAGAAUAUAACUGCCACUCAAGCACCCAAAUUGGAGAAUAAGACACAUAUACAGGACUUAAGCAGGAGAUUUAAAAAAGACCUGCCUGGUAACUUAAUAUGGUAGUGAAAUGAAAAUAAUUAGUACCUUUGGAAUUAGGCAUAAUGUUUAUAAGCCUGACGCUGAGAAGCACAGGGGCUCACAAAACUCAUGUGCACAUAACUUUCAGGAAUUAAAACAACAGGUCAAAAACUAUUAUGCAGAAAUACUUAGGAUACAGGAACUAGAGGCAAUGACAGAUGUUUAAAAACUCUAAGGAUGCUACUCUGAGCACAGUUACUGAUAGGUUUGAAGGACCAUGAGCUGUGAAUGUUACAAAUUCUUUAGGACUGCUGUGUUGCUCCCAGCUGAGUACACUGCUUUUCUUCUUCAUCAUUAUUUCCACCAUACUUUUCCACACUUUGUUAAAAUGUGAUCAUCAAGCUGGCUCUUGAGUUCUGUUCUGCACUCAGUUCUGAUGUAAUAAGAAACUCAAGCCCAACUGCUGCUCUGCACCAUGUUCAAAGUGAGCAACACUCUGCAGAGACUGAUGCUCUAGAACAACCGCAUUGUUCUAGACUAUCAGGGUAGAAUAUCGUAAAGCUGACAAAGAGUUUCUUCUAGCAGUAGGUUUGUAAAAACCAACUAAGAUUUGUAUUCAUUUGCCUGCAUUACUUUCUGGAAAAUAUUUUCUAGAAAUAAUAUGCUAUGAUUAAUUGCAGGGUUUUUUAAAAAUAAAAUAUUGGAAUAUUUAAAAGACAUUAUAUUAUUUCUUCUAAUAUUGCAAUAUCCAUAUUAUAAUAAUGUACAUUUAAAUUUAAAAAUCAGCUAUGUGGUCGGUAAAUUUGUAAUACGCGGUAUUACUGUGAUUAUUUUAGAUGUAUAAAUAAAGUUGUGAAUGUUCA